AUGGAAAAGUCGGAAUAUCUCGAGACACAUUUACUGGAGACCAUUCAACAAGGACCAAAAGGAGAACGAGGAGAGCCGGGACCACCAGGAGUGUGCAUGCAACAAUGUCGGGAUGGUUUACCAGGUCCCAGUGGUCCCAUUGGACCUCAAGGACCUCAGGGUAUCGAAGGUCCACCUGGCCCUCCUGGACCACCAGGGGAACCUGGCUACGUUCAAACAUCACAAUUUGGGGAAAUGCAGCCUAUGCCCGGUCCACCGGGACCACAAGGCCCACCUGGACCUCCGGGACCGCAGGGAAUUCAAGGUCCGCGAGGUGAAACCGGUUAUCCAGGAAGAGAUGGUCGUGAUUUCCAGGGUUUGUCUGACAGAGACAUUGAGCUAAUCGUCAGGCAUCCUUUACUCAAGGGAGAAAAGGGAGAGUGCGUCCACACAACCACUACCGUCUUUCAACCAGCUCCUGUGGAAAAUGUGUUACCGCAGUAUGAACGCGAGCCAUCGCGCCAAGGGCCUCGAGGAGAGAAAGGAGAUAGAGGAGACCGAGGAGUGCCAGGACCGCAAGGACCAGCUGGACCACCUGGGCCACCUGGACCGGCGGGAGCUCCAGGAGCGGGACAACAGGUGCCGUAUGCAGGAGGGGACGCAAUUGUGCGAGUCUAUCCGAGCACACACGAACUGUUUUCUUCACGUGUACACAUUGGGACUCUUGCAUUUGCUACGGCUACGCAACAACUUUAUAUCAAAGUAAAUAAUGGGUGGAAGGAAGUUAUGCUCGGUGCGUUCCAUCCAAUAGUGGAGCAACGUCAAUCUGUGGUGAGCUUAAUUUGUGAAUUAUUGAGCUAUAGUCAUUACGGCAAUUACAUGUAA